GCCUAAAAAUGGCGGCCUCCAUGAAACGAAAUGUUGUUAUUAUUGCUUUCGUAUCACGGGCUUCCGUUCUUCUGUUACAGAUUCUCUUGAAUAAUCUUGUACCGGAUCAUGACGCUGAUGCAUUCCACUACAAACCAUCUCAACAGCUAUCUAUUGGGGACAUCAUAGUGGAAUUCCUCUUUGGAGGACUUGGAAAGUGGGAUGGCGCUCACUUUUUAACGAUUGCUGAAACCGGGUACAUCAGCGAGAGACAAUAUGCUUUUUUUCCAUUCCUUCCAUUUUUAAUGAAAACCGUUGCCAAUACAAUUCUGCUGCCUCUGAGAUACUUCCUUAACAUGCACAGCUGUUUGCUUCUAGCUGCUAUAGUAAUUAACAUCAUAUCAUUCAUCAUCGCUGCAUGUGGGAUAUAUUCAUUAGGAGAAUGUGUUUUAAAUGAUGGCAAACUGGCCUUUAAUUCAGCCUUACUUUUCUGUAUAAAUCCAGCGACAAUUUUCUUCUCGUCGGUUUACACAGAAUCAUUAUUUGCAGCACUAACAUUUUAUGGAAUGCUAUUUAUAGAACAAGAAUGGUACAUUACUUCAGCUGUAACCUUUGCAUUUUCAACUUUGACUAGAUCAAAUGGACUGGUAUCGUGCGGGUUCAUUCUAUAUAAACUCUUAAAACAUAACAUUAGAAUAAUAAUGAGAAAAGACUCUAAAUAUUCAACAUUUCAUUCUGUUUUGUUUUGUUGUACAAAUGGAAUAACAAUUCUCGUUAGCAUACUAUUUAUCAUAUUUCCUUUUCUUGCAUAUCAGUUAUAUGGCUAUGUACACUUAUGUACAGAUAAUGAAAAUAUUUUUGGAUAUAUGAUGGACAGAAUUUCUUCGAAAGCAUUGCAUAUUAGAGAAAAUGCAUCACCGUGGUGUCAUGACAGAGUACCAUUACUUUAUUCCUACAUACAAAAUCAUUACUGGGAUGUUGGCUUCCUUAAAUACUAUCAACUCAAGAAAAUACCAAACUUCCUUCUCGCUUUGCCGAUGAUAAUCAUUUGUACUAGUGCAAUUUGGGAUUAUAUUCUAAAAAAUUGGAGCUCUGUUAAUUACCUUGGAUUGAUUCCAACAAAGAAACUGUCAACAGCAACCGUUGGUUACCUCUCAGAGGGAGUGUUUGUUUAUGUAGCUCAUUUGACGGCAUUGCUCAUUUUUGGAAUUACUUGUAUCAACAUAGAGGUUGUGACAAGAUUGAUCGCUUCAUGUUGUCCAGUCUUCUAUUGGUAUGUUGCAUCUGUCAUGUGUUGGGCAGAUCAAAACAAGACAAGAUAUUCAAGACGAAAGAGUCUAAAAGGCUCCAUGGCAUUCAAUGGGAAUUAUAGAUUCAUUUUCAAUUUACAUCAUCAUUUUAAUAUAAAAGAUCCAAAAACCAAAUUAAUUUUGUUUUAUUUCCUAAGCUAUUGUUUGCUUGGUAUUCUUCUCCAUUGUAAUUUCCUCCCUUGGACUUGACUGCCAAGUGGCUAUUCAUUAAGUUUAUUUACAAUUAUAUACUAUAGUGCCUGCAGCCAGAUUGCUGUGUUUUACAGACUCGCCAGCUAUACUCAUAAAUAGUACAGUAAUUGUCUACAAUUAAAGCUUUCUUGAAGCUUUUGUUGCCCUUGCAGGCAACUGUGAGUUGUGCAAUUUGCAAUCUGCAAGUUGAUCUUAGCUGCCUGUGGUUUAUUUUGCUGUGCAGCAAAAAAACUGACAAGUGAUUGAAUGAUUAUGAGAAAGUAGAAACUCAAUAAUUCUAUUAUAUUAACUACUCAUGUGCCGCCGCAUGUUUUAGCAUUGCAUUACUGUACUUGUUAGCGUUGCAUGACAACUAGUCUUAAAUUAAGCGCUCUGGGCAACGAGUUCUACCUACAGUUCUGUAGUUGAGCGAUAGCGAAUGAAAGUCUAAGCACUACCAGCAACCCAGAUGAGGUCAGUUGAGUCAAAGGGCAACAUGAGCUUAGCUGGACAGGUUUAAUUGUAUUUUGUUGGAUGUGUGGUAUUAUUGGGAAGGAGGUCACUUGGCAACAGAUCCCAUUGACGCAACAAACGAUGUGUUCCCCGCCUUUGGAUCGCGCGCUGGCCGUAUUAUAUUAUUAAUAGCAUUUUUUUUGUUAGCAACAACAUACUUUUAUACGCUUCAACAUGGCAGUUGUGCAAUAAACAGUUAUAUCAUAUCUUCAAAAUUAACAAUGUUCCCCUGCUUUGAUUUUUUCACACUUUUACAACUACUUCAGUGUUUAUUAUAAUUUUGUCUAAAGAUCAAUUGGUUCAUCUAUAAAGCUAAGGCAAUGUAAAAAAUUACUUUGGAUGGAUUUUCGAAUAAUCCUCAAUCAUUCCUUAAUUAAUAUGUUAAAAUUAGAAUUAUCGAGUUUUAUCCAAUUUAUGGAAAU